CACACAAGAAAAUUCGCCUGUCAUAAUCUGCUUUUUUUUUUUGAUAAUUAGGAAUGAUACAAGACAAAUAUACUCUUUGGACAGAGGCUGACAUGAGCCGAAAUUCGGAUUGUCAGGCCUAUGUGUCCUUUAGACACUUAACAUGGACCUAAAUUCGAGCUGUUAGGGCCACGUGCAAAGAAGUUCUCACCUGAUGAGUGUAAGUUGCGCCAAAUCCUUCAACUAUGAAAUCAAUGAAGAAAACAUUUUAUAUGUCAAAUAUAGUAAUGGCAGAUAACAGAUUGCAAAAGAUACAUUUACAGAUCAACUACGAAAUCAAUGAAUCUCUCAGUAAUGGUGCACCUGUUGCCUGGUCGGCUAUAGUAUUGGUGGUCACGAUAUGCAUGCAGUUCACGUUGGAGUAGUGCUACUAUAUUUUAUUGGAUAGAAGUGGAAGAUGAAUGAACAACCCAACUAUAAAAGGCCAUGGAAGAUAGCCCCCAAAACAUCUCCAAUCAACAGUUGAUAGUUCCACACAAUACCCUCUUAAUUCAACCAGCAAUGGCGGCUCUUACCCAUGUUUUCUUUCCUAUUGCUUUGCUUCUCUUGUCAUCCUCACUCAUCAUCAUUGCCUCUGCUACUGACUAUGGCUAUGCCUCAAAACCAGAAGUUUACCAGAUCAAGCCUAAAGAAGAUGUCAAGUACCCUGAUAUCUACAAACCAAAGCCAGAAGAAUAUGUAAAAAUCCCUAAAGUUGACAUACCCAAGGUGGAAGUAAAUGUAAAGCUCCCCGAAGUCUACAAACCGAAGCCAGAAGAAUAUGUUGGCAAGCCAAAACCAGAAGAAAAGUACCCUGAAGUUGGCACGCCAAAGCCAGACGACGUGAAGUAUUCAGAAGUUGAGCAACCAAAGCCGAAACAAGAAGACGUGAAGUACCCUGAAGUCUACAAGCCAAAACCAGAAGAAGGUGUCAAGUACACUAAAAUUGACAAACCAAAGCCAGAACAGAAGUAUCCAGAGGAAGAAAAAACUAAGCCAGAAGAUGUGAAGUACCCUGACGUUUACACACCAAAACCAGAAGAAAAGGUAAAUGUCCCUUCCGGGUAUGUCGACAAACCAGAUGAAGUAAAAGAAGAUCAGUUCCCUGUAUGUUUUGAAGGGCUCGUUCUCUGUAAAUCUGGCUCCAGCUAUGAGCCAAUUCAAGGGGCUGUGGCAAAGAUAAUAUGCAUAGCUGUGGACGUGCUAGGGUAUGAGACGAGACUUCCCGUCUCAACCUGCAAAACUGAUGCAAAGGGUUACUUCUUCUCAACAUUGGAUUAUUCUUUGCUCAAGGACAGACUAAAGCUCAGAGAAUGCAAGGCAUUCAUUGAAAGCUCUCCAUUGGAGUACUGCAAAGUUCCUACUGAUGUAAACAAAGGGAUGACUGGGGCUCUUCUCUCUACUUAUCGCAUCCUCAAUGACAGGAAAAUGAAGCUGUACAGUAUCAAUCCUUUCUUCUACACCAACGAGCCCAAAUCAGUUCCUAGCGGUUACUAAAUUUGCACCCAAAUGACUUGUAGC